CUCUGGAUAAGAAAAAUGGAUCACUUGUCCAUGAAAGCACUAUAUCCUUUUCUCUAACCGAAUCCUCCACCACCACUACCAAAUCAAUCCACCCACCCAUCGCAAUGGCUUCCAUUACCGCCGCCGCCGCCGCUUUCUUGGCCGUCCCCACCGCCGGCAAGAAGCAGCAACUCCCCGCCACCGCCCGACGCGCCGCCGUGUUAGUCAGGGCCUCCAACAACUCCGACAGAGCGGACACGUCCAAUGACGAGAGGAACAACAACACAAGGAGGGACCUGAUGUUCGCGGCGGCGGCGGCCGCCGCCUGCGCCGUGGCCGGAGUCGCCAUGGCGGAGGAGCCGAAGCGCGGCACCGCCGAGGCCAGAAAGAAGUAUGCUCCUAUCUGUGUCACCAUGCCCACUGCUCGCGUAUGUCACAACUGACACAAUUCCGCCAUUGCUGCGUCUUGCUUCUUCACUUCAAUUCAAUCACUCCUGCAAUUACAUAUAUAUAUAUAUAUAUAUAUAUAUAUGUCGAUGUAAAAUCCUAUUCUUGCUGGUAAUGAAUGCAUCGUCUCUUGCAUAUCA